AUGCCUCUGGGCCGUCCGCCGAAACGGUCUGGCGAUGCUCCCGACAUCGAUCCUCCCGAUCCUGCGGCCGCUGCGAGUACGGGGACGAAAUGCAAGCUACCUCGCCUCGACCACGAUCGCACCGCGCCGAAUGAAUUUUCCAGCGUCGUCAAGAGCAAGUUGCAGUCGUACACACGAACCGGGCAAGCAUGCGAUCGGUGCAAGGUUCGCAAGAUUCGGUGCGAUGCCUUGCCCGAGGGCUGCUCGCAUUGCAUAAACCAAAGUCUCGAAUGCUACGUGACCGAUCGAGUCACUGGUCGGACGGAAAGGCGAGGGUACAUGCAGGAGCUGGAGCGCGAGAAGACGGAUAUGUUGAACCGCAUUCGAGAGUUAGAGAACCUCCUCCACAACAAUGGCGUUGAGGUUAAGCCGUUUCGCCAGUCGUCCCACCCGGCUACCAGUGUCACUCCCGAGGGUGCUCCUGAUAACGCGGCAAGCCAGCUGCAGGACUCGGCAGCAAACCCGCAAUGGACCCAGCCGGCACCAGCUUCCUGGGUGAAGGAUCUGCCAUACAAGAUACCUUUCACGAAUACCCUGCGUUCUACCGACGACCCGAAGCCGGCAGACGCUCACAUAGGCGUCGGCGCCGACCAAGCCCCCUUAAGCUCCAUCAAGGGCACGGCUUUGUCUAUUCUCGGCAGCACCAUAGAUAUCGGCGCUUUUGACGCUCCUGACAUAGACGAACCGCCUCCUGACGCAGCAGCGCGGUCGCCCUUGUAUAACAAAUCUGUUCAGGCUAUGCUGCAAUCCAGCUGGAACAUCAACCCGCUCCCACUGGCAGAUCUACCCCCGAGGUCUGACGCCUUCACCUACGCCGAGUGGUAUUUUCUAAUGAUAUAUCCCUUCCACCCGGUUCUUCACAAACCCACCUUCGUCGCCCUGUUAGCACGCCUCUACGAUGAUCCCGGUUUCGAGCCUACGGUGGCUGAGACAACUAUGGUCCAUAUGGUGUUCGCCUCCAUCUACCUGCAGUACGGGAUUCGGAAUCGGGAGCAGCCCGAACAGAGGGCUCGGUUAAACGACUUGUCGAAUAAGCAUUAUCACUUCGCAUUGAGCAAGUUCUUCGACCUAAUCAUAUCCAAAACAUUGUAUGACAUCCAAGCUCUGACCAUGCUCUGCACGCACACAAUGCGAUUCCCUAAAUCCAGUACCAGCAACAUACUGAGCAACUAUACCUUGGGCCUGGCCAUCCAGUUCGGCCUGCAUCGCGCUUGGAAGAAACCGGGCGAAGGAACGAACCUAGAGAACGAGCUUCGUAAGAGGAUAUGGUGGAUCCUCCUUGCUACGUCCGUCACGCUGAAUGGUCGGAUGGGACAGCCCAUGCCGAUUCAGCUGGAGGACAUCGACACCGAAUUCCCCGAGACGAUAGCCGAUGAGCUCAUUACCGAGGACGGCGUUGAUACCACGAGCUCAGUCAGGUGUCCCUUUGAGAUUGGUGUUUUCUCCUUCAGAAUCUCCACAUUAUUUCUUGCCAUGUACUCCAAUAUAUACUGCGUGAAGCGGGAUCCGAAUCACUAUCUGCCCGCGGUCGAGGCCAUCGAGGAGCAGCUCCAGGCCUUGCGAGACAGCCUCCCUCCGAGCCUGAGACUCGACCAGACCCACCCCGGGAAUUCUAUGUUUGCCCUGUGGGCAGAAUGGAUGGUGCUCGAACUUAAACUCACCUUACGCCACCCCGCCGCCUGUGCGACGAAUGAUGCAAAACUGCUGGCUGAAAACACGAGAAUAUGCGAAGAGACGUCAAAGGAGAUGCUUAUGACCGUCCAUAAGCUUUACCGACUAAAGUCGCUCGACACGACAUGGUAUUGUCUUGCGAUAUAUAUCGCUGCGAUUUUCUCGACCCUGGUUGCGCAUUGGGAGAGGAGGCAUAGCACGAAUUCCGCCGAAGUGCAAGCCCUUCGAGAGGAUAUGAACCUUUGGUUAAGUAUCCUGGCCGAGACGGGUAAUCUCAUGGGGAGCGGUAUGGGUCACCACGAUGCUGUAUCCUCUAUAAUCGAGCGGACUAUUGCUUGGAUAGAGCAUGACCGCCAAAAGGCCGCCGAGACGGUGCCACAGGCACAACUGCCACAAGACAUAUCGAAGCAAUCACCUCACUCGCCAUCCUAUACUAACAUGUCCGCCACAACGAACACCAUCGCUGGCCAUAGCGACGCUGAAGUGGUGAACAACGCAGCGGGCCACGUCAUCUCGACGUCUCGCAAUAAUUAUUACACCGAAGCUCCACCCGAGCCUGCGCCAUAUUCCUCGAUGCCAUAUGCAGAUUCUACGCCUCACCCAACGAAUACCAUAGCCUACGAUUCCGAUAACUCUUUCCUAUAUGCCCAGGCAGCUAGCCAUGUGGCCGCAAGCCACGCACAAGCGCAUGCCCACGCGCAAGCUCAAGCUCAGGUUCAGGCUCAAGCUCAGGCUCAGGCCCAGGCCCAGGCCCAGGCUCAGGCUCAGGCUCCGGAUCAUAACCCACUGGCGGCAUUUGCCACACAAGCAACGCAGAUGACACAAUCGGAUAUGAUGUGGCGUUCACAACCCACAGGCGGGAACACCUGGCACGACUGGACAGCCGCGAUUGUCGACAAUCAGGACAGGUACAGCGCCAGUGCCUUGAUGUCUCUAGGUGGUUCCGGUCCGCGGCCGGGCGACAAUGUUGACGACAGCGGGGCGAACGAGAUGGGUAUAGGAGUAGACAUGAACAGUACCCCUACAACGACUGCGACAAACUUGCAAUGGCCGUUAUUGCUCUUUUCUAACGGAGUUGGCGGCGGUACUUAG